AUGUCGUCCUCCGAUAAGGUGUCGUCCUCCGAUAAGGUGUCGUCCUUCGACGAGGUGUCGUCCUAUGACCCGUCGUCCUCUGAACGGAUCGCUAUCCACCUUCUUUUCUCUGAAGUGGAAAGGUUUAUAGAAGAUGGAGUAGAUAAUAAUGAUCUUCCAUCUGUUCCUUAUACUUGGACUCCCCUGCCUGUGAGUCUGAAAUUAAAGCUGGUAAGCUUAUCCUUAAGUGACAGGGAUAGUUACCUGGAGGUCACCUACCACCUCAACCUCACCUGGUGGGACCUACGACUCCGCUUCAAUAAUCUCAAAAAUGCUUCACGUCUCAAUCAGGUUCCGGUGACGGAGCAUGGGAGGUUAUGGACGCCAUCUUUAACGUUGGUCAACGUGCGAGGGACUGAGAGGACGCUAAUGGACGACGAGGCUGUCAUCACCGUUCACCGCCAGGGACACCCUCUAGCUGAUGACUUAUCCGUGCCUGAGGACGUGAACGUGUACUUGGGGUUCGAGAACCCGCUGAGUAUGGAACGUAAAUAUACAUCUCAGUUCCUGUGCGACCUCAACCUACAUCUGUACCCUUUCGACGAGCAGCGCUGCUUCAUGCAUUUUGAGGCGCUCUCCGCCGCUACCGACUUCCUGGUGCUGGAGAAGAGCACUUCAGUGGUUGUGUAUGUCGGAGCCGAGCUGCUUAUUGAGUACACGGUAGUGAGUGUGGUCCUACAACUGGACAACAACCAGACAAUGGCCAAGGCUUUAGUGGAGGUGGUGUUGCAGCGAAGAAUAGGAUACCCAAUCAUCUCUAUCUACGUCCCCACCGUCAUCCUUCUCAUUCUGGCGUACCUUUCCCUCAUUUUCCGGAGGGAUGACUUCGAGACAAGAGUGGCGUCGGCGCUGACUGUCCUGCUAGUGCUGGCGUCUCUCUUCACUCAGACAUCUACAUCCCUGCCCAAAACGUCUUACUUCAAGAUGGUGGACGUGUGGCUUCUCUUCAGCAUCUCUCUAAUCUUCUUUGUCAUCGUCUUCCAUAUCGUAAUUGAUAUGGCUUACGAAGGCAAGCUCGUCGGCUCCUCCUCCAAUACAUCGCCUCACCCCACCAAGAUAACUUCCCUUAGUGUGGAUACCAAAAGAGAGACGGUGACCCACGGGGUGACCCACGGGAUGUCGCUUCCUGGUAGGGUAGCUGCCACUGCUAAGCCCAGUUGGUUUCGCCCCUUGGAUGGCGAGACAACAGUGGAGAGGAACAAGAGACUCUCUGAUAAACUCUUCAUACAAGCGCUGUUAUUGAUCCCAUGUUACUUCACUGCUUUCAAUUUUGUCUACUGGAUUUACAUUUUAGCUUGAUCUUCCAUGAAGAUUUUUUUCCUGCUCUCCCUUCGAUUCUCUUCUCUUCCUCUUUAUUGCCCUUCCUCUCACCCUUCUUCGUUCUCUUCCACGCCCUCACAGCCUUCCCUCUCAAAUUUGGUAAUCCAAAAUUAGGAGGGAAUGGUUCAUUAAGACACUGUUAACAGUAAUCAGAACGACUUAGUGUAAUACAGUGGUCAGAGACUUAUAAAAUGAUUUUUCAAAAUAGGAGGGUCUGAAGUAAAAAAGUAUAUAAACAUAAACACGGGCUAAAAUUUUUUAGGAGAUCUUUGGAUAAAGUAAAAGCGGAAACAACGCUUUGACUCAAAUACUUCUAAAGAAUUUUUCCUUGUCAAAAAUAAUUUUCUUUGCCAAAACAGUUUUCCUUUUGUGAUAUAACUAGAAAAGUUGUUUGUCUCGAACUUAGCUGUCUGAAGACCGAGCGUCCGCCAGUCCUGAAUAACCCCCAAGGGCUUAGCACUUCUAAUUUUUUGAGAGAGAUGAUUCCCCCAUUAUACAAAAUAUUCCUGGCAAGCCCUCAUCAUGCUUAAUUUUUCCUUGUUAGCAUAUUUUUUUGUGUAAUGAACACUUAGCGAAAAUAUAUUUAGCAUACGAGACCAUAACAGGAUUGUAUAUUUCAUCCUCCAAUCGAGGUUCUCUUCAGCUGAGAAGAUUCUCAACUGGAAGAUGACGUACAAAGACCUUUUUACUGGUUUUUAUCCCCGACAAUAAAGUCGGGUACAUACACUCACGUCUCCCUCGUCGGAGUUCAUUGGUUCGAACCGUAAGCGUUAACGCGUAUUUUUUAAAUUUAAAGAAAA